UAAUUAUUAUAAAUGACUGAUAAUCAAUAAGUUCCAUUUGGAAGUGGAAUGUUUUAAGGAUAAGCAAAAUUUGUGGAUUAUGCACAUAUGAAUUAACAAGAUGUUUAAAUGAACACUUUAGAUGAACCAGUUUUGGAUACUUUAGUAAAAAUGUUUAUAAUAUAAAGUUGAGAGAUAUUAAUAUGAUACUAUAUAAAUUAUCAUAUGUAAUAAUUCCUAGAAUGAAAGAGACAUAAGGAAGAAAAUUGAGAAACUGUAAUAAAAUAAAUAUUAUUUAAAUUAGGGGAUUUAUGGGGACCAUUAUUAUUAUCAUUAUUAUUGGCAAUGUAAUCUAUAUUGAUAUUAUGAAUUAGGACAUUAGGCAUUAAUUCUAAUCAAUCAUGUAUGAAUUGAAUAAAUCAAAAUUUAGCUGAUUCUAUAUUUGGUACAAUUUUUAUUAUUAUGUGGGGAGGAUCUGCUGUAAUAACGUAAAUUGAAUAUUUAAUUUAAAAUUAGAGUUAAUGCUAAAUUAUUAGGAGGAUAAGUAUCAUUCUUUUAAAGUGUUUGUGUAUUAGGCUAUUGUGUAUUUCCAAUUAAUAUAGCUGCUGUUUUGAUAACCUUUCUUUAAUCAUAUUUAGGAUUUUUCCUUAGAUUAAUAAUAGUAGGUGCUGCAUUUCUAUGGUCAACGUUUUGUAAUUUUAUUAAUGUUAUAAAUAGCUUCACUAUCCUUUAUGAGUAGUAUGAUGAAUGAAGAAAAGAAAGUCAUUUCUGUUUAUCCAAUUUUUCUAUUUUAUAUGUUUCUAUCAUGGUUUUGCAUUUUCAUUUGA